CUCUAUGUGGUAAAAAGAAUAACUCACCCUUUUCUUCAUUUUGCCUGCAGGUCUAUUUCGGGCGGUGGCUUAUCGAGGGCAGUCCGUAUGUUGUUCUGAUUGAUGUCGGGUUCACCGCCUGGUCUCUGGACAGCUGGAAGAGUGAGCUGUGGGAGCUUUGUGACAUCGGCGUGCCGUGGUUCGACCGUGAGGCCAACGACGCCGUGCUGUUUGGCUUCCUGACCGCCUGGCUCCUGGGAGAGUACGCAGCCCAGAGCGAGGAGCCUCCGCACAUCGUCGCCCAUUUCCACGAGUGGUUGGCCGGUCUGGGCCUGGUGUUGUGUAGACACAGACAGCUGCCGAUCGCAACCAUCUUCACCACUCACGCCACACUGCUGGGACGAUACCUGUGCGCUGGGAAUGUGGACUUCUAUAACAACCUUGCAGAGUUCAAUGUGGAUAAGGAAGCCGGCGACAGACAGAUCUACCACCGCUACUGUUUGGAGCGGGCGGCUGCUCACUGUGCCCACGUCUUCACCACUGUGUCACAGAUCACAGCCAUCGAGGCGGAGCACCUGCUCAAGAGGAAGCCAGACAUUGUUACUCCAAACGGGCUCAACGUAAAGAAGUUCUCAGCCGUGCACGAGUUUCAAAACCUCCACGCUCAGAGCAAAAAUCGAAUUCAGGAGUUCGUCAGAGGACACUUCUACGGGCACCUUGACUUCAACCUGGACAAGUGUUUGUUCCUCUUCAUUGCUGGAAGGUACGAGUUCUCCAACAAAGGAGCCGACAUCUUUUUGGAAGCUUUAGCCAGACUCAACUAUCUACUGAGGGUUAAUCACAGUGACGUGACCGUCAUCGCAUUCUUCAUCAUGCCAGCUCGGACAAACAACUUCAACGUGGAGACCUUGAAGGGCCAAGCGGUCCGGAAACAGCUCUGGGAUACCGCGCAGACUGUGAAGGAGCGUUUCGGAAAGAAACUUUAUGAGUCACUUCUAGUUGGGCAGCUGCCGGAUGUGUCAAAGAUGCUGGACAAAGAGGACUUCACCAUAAUGAAGAGGGCCAUCUUUGCGACUCAGAGACAAUGCCAGCCUCCAGUCUGCACCCACAACAUGCUGGAGGACAGCAGCGACCCCAUCCUUAACUGUGUCCGCCGUAUCGGCCUUUUCAACAGCUCUGCUGACCGUGUCAAGAUUAUCUUCCAUCCCGAGUUCCUUUCGUCCACCUCUCCUCUACUUCCGAUGGAUUAUGAGGAGUUUGUAAGAGGCUGUCACCUCGGCGUCUUCCCCUCUUACUACGAGCCUUGGGGCUACACUCCAGGUACGACCCGUGCACACUGA